CUCUCCCGCAAGGCACGCUGGGAAAUGCAGUUCUGCCGUCGCCCCUAGUGUUUGACGGGUGUCGUAGUCUCGCCGCCUCUGCAUAGUCAGACUGGUUUUAAGAGCUGUUUAUUGCUGGGGGGAAAUUACCAUGUUGGGGAGUUUCGGCAUCUUUUAAGGGGCGACCUCAUGGAGAAGGAACUUGUGGGCCUGCGUGGACAUGAUGUCGGGGAGCUCAGGGCGAAGCGAGGUGUCCGGCCUUUACCAUGAACGGCAGCGUCUGGAACUGUGUGCCGUCCAUGCCCUCAACAAUGUCCUCCAGGAGCGACUCUUCACCCAAGAGGCGGCUGAUGAGAUCUGCAAGAGGCUGGCCCCGGACGCGAGGUGGAAUCCCCACCGCAGCUUUCUGGGAACGGGGAACUACGAUGUCAAUGUCAUCAUGGCCGCCCUGCAGAGUGUCGGGCUGGUUGCCAUCUGGUGGGACAAACGCAGGCCACUGGAACAGCUGUCCCUGGAAGGGGUUCUUGGCUUCAUCGUCAAUGUCCCAUCCAAUGUCUCCUUGGGCUUCCUGUCUCUUCCCAUGAGGCGCCGGCACUGGAUCGCUGUGCGUCAGCUUGACGGUACCUACUACAACCUCGACUCCAAGCUGAAGGCUCCCAUUCCGAUUGGCGGGGAAGCUGAGCUCAGGUUAUUCCUCCAAGAGGUGCUUUCUCAGGGUCCCUGUGAGUUGCUACUGGUUGUGCCCCACGAGGCCGAAGAAACUGGGAGCUGGCUCAGCACUGUCAAGUGAACCUUGGCACCAAAGAAACCCAUCUGCACCCAGAGCCAUCUGCUGUACCCCUCUCCUUACAACAGCUGCAUGUGGUGCGGGGAGGAGGGGGCAGCGCACUCCUGUUACACUGCCAGUCUUGGAGCUGACUUGAAAUCCAUCUUCCCUCUCCUCCAGGAUAUAAGGGCCUCCCCCGCCCCCCGCCCCUGGCUUUCCCUUGCUUUUAAAAGACUCGGCCUGUCCAGGGAUAGUAUGGAAUAAAGGCUGCAGUACAAAAUGGUGGAGGGUCUCCUCCUGGCACAGUGAAUUAGACUAUAAGAAUAGCCAUGCUGAGUCUUCCCAUAGUGACUUCUCUGGGGCGAGGAGUUCACAAGCAGGCCAUGGGGGCGAUAACCCUAACGCUGCUGAUCCUCAGAGAGUGCCAGUCUGCAGUACCAGUGUGUCUGAAUGCAGAGGUGGUGUUUGUAGGUGUAACAGCCAGUCAUCCCUGGCAGAGCUCUUCUUUGUAUAUUUUUGUAAAAGCCGUUUCUGCUGAUGCAUGAACUUCCUUCCUUUAUUAUUAUUGUUAUUAUUAUUUUUAUUUUUCAUUUGCCCUAAACCUGCUGCCUGCACAUUUCAGGGCUGGCACUUGAGAAGGUGUUUUGAGAGAGGUUUUUGAGAGAGGCUGGACUGAAUGAGUUGGGAGGGGGGGACACUGGAGCACUACAAGUUUGCCAGAUAAGUUUGGGUUUAUAGCAAUGGAGGGCAUUUGGGCAGUUGAGGGGAGGAGGGGUGUUAAGGGGGACUGAGGUAAACGUGCAAAUCAACUGGAAAGUCAGAGAGCUGCCCUGUUCAGCUUUUUAGAUGUCUGUCACCCCAACUCAAAAUGCCAUUUGCAAGGGAUGUUCUAUGGCCAGCCGCAGUGAAAAUGCAAUCAAGAAGAAGUACGGAGAAGUUACAAGCACAGUAUGAUAAAAGGAGCUUGUUUUAUUGUUCUGUGAUUGGGAAGGAAGAAGCUAGUUGAUAAAGUGCUAGCUUGAGGUAUGAGGGGACUAGGGUCAUGGAGAGAUGGGAAUCGGGAGACUACUGAGCUUGUCUCUAAACACUGGAACUCAGAUCCAUAGACCCUAAGCAGGGUAUUAGUCGCCAGGUAACGGAAACCCAACAGGCAAAGCUUUUGUGAAGAAAAGCUGCACGUGCUGAGUUUUUAUCAGUUGUACAGCUGUUUUUUUUUUAAAGAAGAAAAGGUCCCAAAGGAUUAAAAAUAAGUUGGCUACUCUCAUGAACCAAAUAAGCAAAAGACUUUGCUACUCCCCUGUAAGCAAAAGCAAGAUUCUAGCCCUCAUGAGAAGGGAAUUCAUGGAAACAGGUGGGGUGGUAUCUUGUGACAGGUCAAAACCCAGCAUGCAGGCUGGGCCAGGGCUUCUAUAGUGUGGUCAGGCAAUGGGCUUUGGGUGCAGUGCUCAGCAGCAUACCCCGGGCCUGCAAUUUCUGUAUCUUUUGGCCGCCUGCACACCCUGCUACGUGUCUCCUUCGUGAAAAGAACUCAACCCAGCCUUGAAGCUCAUUGCAAAGCUGAAAUGCAAAACCAAAUAAAAUGCGUGCCGCGGCGUUUUGUGGCU